UGAGGUUGUAGCUCAGUUUAAACUAAUGCAGUCUAUUUUGCUUUCCCUUCCUUUUCUUACCAGCAGAGAUGUUUCACCACUUCUUGCAGCAUCAUUGAUCCAUGCUGCAGUUGAUGAAGUUCUCCAAACAGACUUGACUGAAUUUAAGCUGCAAAAUGUGGAAACAGAGGGAGAAGGAGAUGAGGAAAGAUUCACCUUGCUGGAUGGGGAGUCGCUGCAGCGCUGCUUUUUUAACAAGCUGCGGGACGUGUGCUCCGAGUGGCAGAAGCAGUUGCCACCGCUGAGGCCCCUGACGCGCUUCCUGCUGGUGUCCAUCCACGCCAUCCGCAACACGCGGCGCAAGAUGGAGGAUCGCCACGUCCUGCUCCCGGAGUUCAACCAGCUCUUCGGUCUCUCGGAUGACGUUGAUCGUGCUUACUUUGCGGUGUUUGAUGGCCAUGGUGGAGUGGAUGCUGCCAAUUACUCAGCAACCCACUUACAUGUCAACGUUGGGUUACAUGAAGAGAUUGUUAAGAAUCCAGCUGAGGCCUUGAAAUGCUCUUUCCAGAAGACAGAUGAAAUGUUUCUUUUCAAAGCCAAAAGAGAGAAGCUGCGGAGUGGCACAACAGGUGUGUCUGCAUUGAUUGUAGGGAACAAACUACACAUAGCAUGGCUGGGGGACUCUCAGGUGAUGCUGGUGCAGCAAGGGAAAGCUGUGACAUUAAUGGAACCUCACAAACCAGAAAGAGAAGAUGAGAGAGCAAGGAUUGAGACUCUGGGUGGCUGUGUAACCUACAUGGACUGCUGGAGGGUUAAUGGUACCUUGGCUGUUUCCAGAGCAAUUGGUGACAUCUGCCAGAAGCCCUAUGUCUCUGGUGAUGCAGAUGGAGAUUCCUUCGAGCUGACUGGCUCAGAAGAUUACCUGCUCCUUGCCUGCGAUGGAUUCUUUGAUGCCAUCAAGCCCCACGAAGUUGUAGACUUGGUGCUGGAUCAUUUGAUGCAGACUAAAGGUGUGGGGCUCAAAGCAGCAGAGAGACUGGUGGCUGCUGCCAAGGAAAAUGGAUCCAGUGACAACAUCACUGUUCUGGUGGUGUUCUUGAGGGAUCCUCAGGACAUCCUGGCAGAUUGUCUCAGAGACUCUAAGAGCCCUAGGGUUGAUGGUGAUGCUCAGAGCUCACCCUUUAACUUCCUCAGCUGCGAGGCAGUGACAGAAUCUGUUUAGUCCAGAAUGUUCAAUGAAUUUGGUCUGAUCUUUGGAGGCCUGCAACACCAAGAGUGUGAAAAGAACCAUGUCAGCUAGGAAGAUAAGAGACUACAAUAACUAUUGCUUUGGCAUGGACCAGUACUGGAUAUGUAAGAAGAAAAUCCUGUUAUUUGUAUUGUACUCCAUAGGAACACUUAAGCUUAUUUCAGGUAACAAUAGCUCUCACCCUGAUUACCGGACUUCAGAAACGUUCUUGUCUCUGUCCUUCCUUAUUUCUGCAGAUUGUUUGUGUUUUCAAACAUUUGCACUGUUGAGAGUGGGGGGAAAACUUUCUGCCUUCCUUCCCCUCCCCAGCUCUCUCUCCUGCCCCAGUUGGCUGAGCAGUCAGGAUAGGAGCAGCAGCACGAGCCUGAGACUCAGCAACCUCUCAGUCAGUGCCAUUCUUCAGGGUCUGCCCUGUACUGUAAUGCCAGCCUGUGCUUGAGGAGUGGUGAGACCUCUGUAACUACUCCUGCUGACUUAAAAAUAUAUCUUCUUAUCAGUAUUAAAAUAGUACAAGAGCAGAGCUGUUUCUUUAGGCACAUUUCUUGCCACUGUGUUGGCUGAUGAACCUUGAAUGAAAGUAAGAGGGCCAGUGACUUUGAAAUAGGAGCUCUUAGCCAAGUUUUGUAGAAUCAUAGUCCUUAUUUAUUUUGUAUGCUGUCUGCACUUGUGACCCUGAGCAGAAAAGCUGCAGUACAGCAGGUUUUAUAAGCUGUGGCUUAACCAGUUAUCUAGUCUCUUAAAACUCUUAUUUAAGCUGACUGGUUUUAUGCACAAGUCAAAAACCUGUUGUCAUUGAUCAUUAAAUGCUAUGCAUAUUGUACAUUCAUUUACAUGGAUUGUUCUAAUAGUGCUUGUGUGUAUUAUGCUACGUUACCAUAUUUUUUCUAUAUGUAUGUAUUGCAUGAGGUUUAAUUGCUGGGAAUUUUUUGUACUGUCACUUUUGUAUUCACACAAUGCCUCAUGUAUCUAUUUGCAUAUUGCAAGAAGAUGUUUCAAAACAGUGAUUGGAAACAGGUGGGGAUAAGAACUUGCCACUGUAGGAUCCAAUGGUUCUGAAGUAUUAAUAAAGUAUAGUGAUUUGAAA